GGCCCCGGCCCCCGGGCCCGGCCCCCCACGAGGCGGCGCCAUGGAGCCCGCCUCCCCCAGGGAGCUCGUCAAGUCCCGCUUCCGCCACCUGCUGAGGACCCCUCUGAUGCAGAUAACCAAGGGGGCCGCGGGCAGCCGCGCGGGGCCGGAGGCCGGGCUCAGCAAGGCCUCGGAGCCCGCCCCCGCCCCCGCCCCCGGCCCCCCGGAGAAGCUGGGCCCCGCCAACAUGCUGUUCAAGAUGCUGAAAUUUACUCUUAAAAGACCCGUGAAUGAAGAAUUGAACAUAGCCCCCGAGUUGCCCAGCUUGGUGCCCUUCGGAGACGUGGUUGGCUGCCUCGCUGUUCACAUUAAGCAGUGCAAAGAUUUUACAUCCAAAUUCCACAAACACAGUCGCUCGAAACUGGUGGUCCGCAUCGUUGUUAACCGAAUCGUGAAGUUCACGAAGCCUCACCACCUCAGAUCGAAGACGAACAAAAAGGUCCUCGAGGUGAAGUUUGAUGAAGUCAGGUAUUUCUCGGUUCAGGUCCCCCGACGGCGAGAAGAUGAGCGCAAUAAUAUAUUCGUGGAGCUGGUGGAAAUUGAAAGUUCCGGAAACCUCCGACUGUUGGGAUGUUUUAGCAUUCACCUCUACGAAAUCAUCUGGAAAGGCAGCUUCACUGAAGAAUUUGAAAUGAAGGCGAGAAAUCUGGUUUUCUGCAGGGUGGAGGUAGCGUUUAUGUUCUCCUAUGGAAACUUUGGAUAUGGCUUUUCCCACCAGUUGAAACCAUUCCCGAAACUAAUGGAGCCGUCCAUGUUUAUCCGGGUUCCACCGCCCCUCGAGAGAGCGGACCCCCUGAUGAACGUUAUCAUGCCCCAGCCCGUAGAAUACCCGGCGUUCUUAUCUGCAGAUUUGAAGGUGACCAUCGGGACCCCUGACAAAGAGAACCAGAUUUCCACCAAGUGUGUGCAGCUCGAAAAACUUCAGCAACCACCCCGAGAAAGGCUGGGAAAAAUGAAAAGUGAAUAUCGCAGUCUGAAGACCUGGGACGAGAAGGCAAAUUAUCUAGACAGGAUUCUCAUUAUGAAAGCCGGACCGCUCUCACAAGGAAUAAGCAAGGAGUGUCGCUUCCCGGGCAUAGUCGAAAGCAUCAGUUACUUUCCGACUUUUGAAGCGGGGAGCGUCUCUUCGAUGUCAUCAGAAGCCAGUGAAUUAGAGGAAGAGCUCACUUUUCUGAAUGAGGAGAAAAGAACUACUUCUGAGAGUCAAUCAACAGUGGAGGGACGAGGCCAGGAACUGGGCACCCCAGUCCCCACUUCUCCAGAGAAACCUCGCCCCAAAGAACCGGUCCUUCCGGUCGCCUCCCGUUCCGACUUGACCGUUCUGUCUUCGUCCUCAAAAAGAUCGGCGGCAAAAGAUCAGAAGACCCGCGGAUCUUCCAGUAAAACGGAAGCGAAAGUCCGAGGCAGGCCCGCAGAUGACCAGAGCAGUGGCGCGGAUCAAUCUUCUUGCUCUUUUGAGUCGGAAACCAAGUUGACGGGCAGCCUGACGAGCCAAGAUACGGACGAUGUUGUGGAACAAAAAAUCGCCACCUCAAAGGAAUCCCUGGUCAGUAGGGACUAUUCUGAGUCCUUUCAGCAGAACAUGAAAGAAAUACCAGUCGGGGAGAGGAGAGGCUCGGAACAGCAAGACGGACCCAUCCGUGCACGUUUGCGAAGAAGUACUGUGACCGCGGAAGCGAUGGAGCAUGAAGACCAAGACCCCCCCAGCCCGACGGACCCCUCUGGGACAGAGACGGAAACCCCGGAGACUUCUCGCGGGGAGCACGUCCCCGCCCUCUCCCGAGAUAAGCCUCCGGACCCCGAGACCGACACACCGGGAGAAGCCCCGAUCGGCGAGGAGGAAUUCGUACCGGACGUUUCCAUCUCGAGUGUCGAAGCGGAAUCCCCCCUCUCGAUCGAUACGACCUUGAGCAGAAAAGAGCCAGAGGCUUCAGAGAGCAGCCUGUGGCAAGCCCAAGUGAUGUUAUGUCCUAAUUCUUACCUAAACAGUCUUCAAGGCCAACUUCUGGAGAGGCUUCAGGACCUAUUUAUCAUGAAAUCGUUUUUAAAUAAAAGCCUCCAAGGCCUUCUGGUUGCCGUCUUUUCACCCACGAAGGGAAAGCCGGAGGAAGAAAAUCAUUUCCCGAGCAUUCUAGAGAGACCCCCGGAUGGUUGGCAAAUUAAGCUGGUUGACGAAGGUCAAUAUUACCGCAGAGGCCAGUUUUCAGGGACAGAUGUUUUACGUCUGACCCUUGGAGACGUUCCCCAAGAGGCCCGCGUGGAAAGCGGGCUGAACGAAGGUGGGGAGGCAGAGAUGGAAGAGGCUGGCUCCUCCCCGCCGCUCCCCGAAGAACGACAGCCCGAGGAAGAGAAGCCCAUUUCGAAGAAGUGCAGCUCCAAAAAGAAACAUUUAGAAAGCCCGGCCGUCGGAUCGGAGCCCACCCCGAGCCCGGACCUCCAAGGCCGACUCACAGAGUCACCGACCGAGACAACCUCCGUCAGCGAGACGGACUUGGAAGGGAAAAGCGCGGGUCCGUCGGGGCCGGGAUCCGGGACGCAGACUCCGGAGAAGCACCGGCUAGACUUCCUGGAGAAGGCUCAGGAUCCCUGGGAGGGAGGCCGUCCGGAAACAGACGGGGAUGACCCGGCUGCUCUAAACCAAAUUCUGCAAGAGCUGCCCAUUGAGGUCCUCUUAGAAACCGGCCUCAUUAAAGUGGUGGAGUUGGACCAAGGAGAGCCUCCAGUUGAAGAAACUCAGAGUUCGGUUCCGGAGAAGACUCUCCCCGAGAGCGGAUCCGAUUAUUCCUUCGAGAACCUUCCUGAGGCGGCAAAAGAAUUUCCGCCGGAUCGGGGUCCCCGCACCGAGCCUAGCCCCAUUUUCCAACGAGAAGACGCGGGCGAAGACGCCGGCAAGGCCCGCGAUGCGUCACCGGCGGAGGGGGAGGCCGAUCUGCCUCAGAAGGAGCGAGAGGCUCACAGGGAGGAGAUUUCCAAAGGAAAGGAUCUCGGGUCCUUUAUCAUGGACUUUUCCAACAACCUUAUUGCCAAACUUUCUGACUCUGAUAAGAAAAGUUUAAAAUCCCUUCUGGGCCAGAUCCUUCAAAGCUGUGUCACCGAGGCUCUUUUGGGACCAGAGGUAAAAUCUGAGGCCCAGGUGGAAGAGGCGCCGCCCAGUUUUCCUUUGCCGGGCGACGAAGGAAACCUCAAAUCGGGCGGGACGGAAAACAGAAGAGGCCGGCCAAGAAAGACCGUUACGGGCAAAGACAGAGUAGGCUUAAAGCCUGCUCUGGGCGAAAGCCUGCUGCAGCCGCUCAGGGGACCCCAGCCGCCUGAAAUGGGAAAAUGGGAAUCUGAAACGAGGAAGCACCCGCGGGACGGUCUCGCCGGAAGACCGACAGAACCGGGAGAGAUCGCCGACGCGGAUGCCGAGAAGACCUUCCGCACCCACUCCUCGGCGAGCGCGAAAACGAGACCCCGCAGGUUUCUCGAGGCGGAUGUCCCCCUUCAAAGGCCGGUUCAUUUCACGGAGCGAUUUCCAGAAAUAGAAAAGGAAAUCCAGUCCUUUCUAAAUGAGGCCCAUCAUCCUCUCCUGGACAGACAUUUGGAAUCAGACCUGAAAUACUUGAAGUCUUUCUUAGGGGAGAUUCUCGAGUGCCACUUGGACGAAAAACUCUUCGAAGCCGGGUCGACCGCCAAGAUGGAGCUGGAGGAGCUGCUCCAAAAUCUGUCGUCGUCGAGGGGGAUGGGGGGCCCGGUGGGCCCCCUUCUCAGAAGUCGAACCUCCCCCACCGACCGUUCGGAGGAGACCGCCCGCAGAGGCCCGAAACCCGCUUUAAGCCAAAGCCUGCAGGAUCUCCUGUCGAUCCUCUCCGAAAAGGAACUCUUAAAGCUGAAAUCCGGCUUGAGCAAAUACCUCCAAAACCUGUUUCUAGAAAGACUGUCCCGAUCGGGGCUCCUCACCGAGACGGAACUGGGGAAGAUCCACCGGAACCUCUCUCAGAUGAACGCCAAGGGCCCGGCUCGUCAAAUCGUCACCCCUCUGCCGGCAAGGGGGACCCCCAGGAGGGAGAGUAAAAGCGCCAAGACCCCCAAGAGGCCCCUGCAAGACCUUCCCCUGGAGAAACUCUCGUUGACCGGGCUCGUCAGGGAGAUGGAAAGGGAAGGGCAGCCUUUCUCGUGGCACCACACCAAAGGGAAGUCGCCUUCCCAACCGAGUCUGACCGGGUUAAAACCCAUCGUGAGGAAAGGGGCCCCGGAGCCUCCGGCCGGGACCCCUCCGGGACCGCUGCCGGGCACGGUGGUGGUACAUCAAGAACGCCGAGAGCGGGGCUGGCUCCAGCUGCGGCAGGAAGCCCGGUCGGGGAAAUCCCUCGAAAUCGAGACCCUCGCUCAAGAGCGGGUGAACCUCUACAACGUGACGGCGAGGGCGGACGCCGAGAGGAUUCCCCCGCCGGCCCCGGGGGCCCCCAUCCCCGGCGUCCUGCGGGACCGCCCGCCCGGACUGGCGCCGUCCUUAAUGAACGUCAACAUCAUCGCCAGUCUCGGUUCCAGGGACUUGCCACACCAGCCGUGGGGGAAAGGGAGGGAAAAGAAGAAACCCCGAGGCCCGGCCGCUAACCCCGCGCCGGGGCCCAAUCCGGCUGCCCCGAAGAAGAUAGCGCCUUUCGCCCAGUACCGGAAGGAAAUCCGGCACGUCUCUGUCAGAGUCGGGGAGACCUGCAGGGAGAAAGGCGGAGAAGUGUCCGCCCGGAUGGCGUCCAGGCCCGGCCUCCGAGACGUCGAGGGGGUCAAGUCGGUCACGUUCCCAGAUGUGCUCAAGGGGGAGACCCCCAAAUCCAAAGUCUCCAGGGAGAGAACGUGGGACGGCCCGGCCAAGGAGGUAGGGAACGGCAGGGACGGGGCGUCGGGGUCCCUCCCCACCCCUAGGCCCCAGGGCCCGACCCCCGCAAGAGCGCCUCGAGGAAAACCCGAUUCCAAGAUGCUGCCGCAGGUCUGGAGCGUGCGAAAGAACCUGCCCGUGGGUUGUUGUACUCCCGUUAGAAAGGAAGAUGCCAGUAGGGCCACAGUCCAGCAUCUCGAAAGGGCCAAAAAAAGAGCAAAACUUGAUUUGGGAAAGUUCCCAGAGGACGCGCCCGACGGACAUCCCGGCCCGGCGAAGCCCAAUCCCGCUUCCGAUCCCAACCGGCUGAGAAGGGAGCCGGGCACGAGGAAGUCCCCGGGCCCCGGCGUCCGGCCUCCGGGAACGCCGUCCGGUCAAGUGAGCCUGACCGCCGGCCCGGACGCCGACGGUUCGGAUGACCAGAAAGGACAGUUAGAGCGAAACCUGGAGAAGUGUUCCAUGGUUUGUGAGAUCCUUCACCUGUUGAAUGAAAAUCUGAAGUCCAGAGACUAGGGGCGUUGGGACGGCCCGCGGGCGUCUUCCCACCGCGACGCUAGCGAGUCCUCUUCCCCGGUCCCGGCGGCUAGGAAGGUUCAUCUCAUCGCCCCUCGUCCUGUUUUUAUCGCAAUGGAAAAAUAAAGCCGUCCCGGCACG